AUGUCUCUCGCUUCUCUGCCAACCGAACUUCUUGAAGAGGUCGGGAAAUAUUGCGACGGUCAACAGCUUGCUUCCUUCGCUCAAGUCAAUCGCAAGUUUCAUGUCAUCUUCAAUCCUCGUCUUUACCAGCAUAGCAUUGCCAACGACUCGCCCUCUCAGGAAUGUGUGAGGUGGGCCGUAGAGUAUGGCUCGCUCAACACGCUCAAGUACGCUAUUAGUCAAGGGGCAGACAUCAACGGCUCUUGCGCGAUAGCGGAGAGAUAUGUUUUUUCUGGAAAGUCUUCAACACCGCUGCAUAUCGCGACCGCGAACGGCUUCCAUGAGAUUGUGCAGUGGCUUCUUGACAAUGGCGCAAGUUUGCAUAAACCAUCAGUCAAGCUGUGCAAGUGCGACCAGUUGGGUACUUAUAGGUCGAGUCUCUUCUGGUAUCCUCUGCAUUUUGCAAUCUGCCAUAGCGAUGAGGCCAUGCUGCGGCUUUUUCUCCAAAAAGGUGCCUACUUCUCGGCGCACAAGAUAUCAGGCCUGCGAUGCGCCAUUCAGAAUGAACGGCUGGAUAUAAUCGACCUCCUCGUCCAGCAACCCAGCUUCGAUCCUCAUUACCAAGAUCCCAAUCAACAAAAUGCCCUUCAUUACGUCUCCAAUGUCCAAAACCCCAGCGCCGCCUACUAG